AUGGCGCCAAAUAUAGACCCCAUGCAAUUUGCAACCACCGCCAAGACCCCCGGCCCCGGCCCCGGCCCGGAAACGGGCGCGGACGCAGCGCUCUCGGCACUCCAGCGCGUCGAGUUCAGCAGCCCCUCGCACCCGAUCCACUGGGGCCGCGUGAAGAAAUGGUCGAUCGUGGCCGUGUACUGCCUGCUGCAGAUCUUCGUCACGCUCUCGUCGACGACGUACGUCAGCGCCGAGUACCUCGUGCAGGAGAAGCACGGGGGUUCCACGCAGGUCGUGGCGCUCGGCCAGAGCAUGUUCAUCGUGGGCACGGCCGUGGGGCCGGCGUUUUUGGGCCCGUUGUCUGACAUCGGCGGGCGCAAAUGGAUCUACGUCGCCUCGAUCGGCGUCUACGCUCUGCUGAACAUCGGCAACGCGCUGGCGCGCAACCUGCCCAUGCUGAUCAUCUUCCAGUUCCUGUGCGGCGCCGCGGGGAGCACGGCGCUGUCCAACGUGGCCGGCACCAUCGCCGACCUCUUCGGGGACAUGGACGGCGCGGGCCAGCCGAUGGCGCUGUUCGUCAUGUCCGCGAACUACGGCCCGAGCAUAGGCUCGCCGGUCGGGGAGCUCAUCGCGAGUAACGAGAGGCUGGGGCUGCCGUGGAUCUUCUGGAUCAAUACGAUUAUUGGCGCCGCCUUUGCGAUCAUCAUGUGCUUCGUCCCGGAAACGCUGCCGCGGGUGGUUAUUAGCCGCGAGGCCCGGAAGAGCAAGUCAUCUGAUCCGACGGAAAUUGCGCUCUUGGAAGAGCCGGUGGAUAUCCUCCGAGAGAUGCGCUUCGUGACCUCCAUGGCAUUCCGCAUCAUGCUGACGGAACCUAUCGUUACGUUUUUGGGUAUCUAUAACGGGUUUGCUUACGGUCUCCUUUUCCUGUAUCUGGACGGGGUCUUUGACGUGUUCGUCGUCAACAAUGGGCUCGCGUAUAUCGAUGCCGACCUAACAUACCUCAACUUCGUGGUCAGCGUAACCAUCAUGUUUGCCUUUGUGCCCGUUCAGACAUGGUUCUAUACACGUGACCGCAAGAGAAACGGCGGUGUCGGGCGUCCAGAAGCGAGGUUCUUAACCUCCUUAGUGUUCGUCUGGGGGUUUCCGAUCUCCCUCCUGUGGUUCGCUUUCACCUGUGACGGGAGCGUGUCGUUUUGGUCGCCCCUGAUCGCUGGUGGCGUGCUGGGCUUCUGCGAUCCGUUGCUGUGGCUUGGCAUGCUGAAUUACAUAGCUGAUUCAUACACCAACGUCGCCGCUUCGGCCAUUGCUGCGUUUUUGAUACCUUCCUUUUUGAUUGCGGCUGGAAUCGUCAUGUUCAGAAACAUGGGGGCUAGGUGGGCGAUGGCAACGUUGGGCUUCAUCUCCUUCGGUCUGGUGGGAUUGGUCUAUGUCCUAUACUUUUUUGGCGCGCAGAUUCGAGCUCGGUCGAAGUUGGCUAGGAAACACUAG